AUGACACCUACCACGUCUAAACCUUCGCUGAUAGUCUUUGGACCUCAGAAAGAGCUUUCCUCUCGAGAUGCCAUCGACCAAUUGAGACGGGAGAUCAACCAGAAUCCUCAACUAUCCCAUGUCCUCAAUGCCGCAAAGCACGGGGCCGAACUGUGGAAACCCCUUGCCAACUUCGACCCUACCCUGAACCAUAUUCCAGGAGCCAAACUGCUGGCCGAGCUCCAGGAGUGGGUUGUAGGAGAUGGCCCUUUGCCAAGUUACAACUUCAACACAUUUCGUCUUCCGGUUACCGUUCUUCUCGAGAUCGCUCAGUAUUUCCACUACUUGAGGGAACUGAAUGUGGUCAGCCCUCAUCGCCUCCUCCUUGGGGGCGUCAAAACUUGUGGUGUCCUGGGCAUCUGUGUUGGAUUCCUCAGCGCAAUUGCGGUGGCUACCUCGGAGAUCGAAGCUGAGAUCGCCUUCACAGCUGCCGCAGUCUUUCGCCUGGCUGUCAUUAUCGCCAGCCUUUCUGAUAUACCCAGACUGACUGAAAAGCUGCGAGCAAAUGGCUCCCAUGUGACCACUGUCAGUGUAGAAGGGGCCUUUCACUCGGACAUCUAUACCGCUGCUGUGGAAAGGAUCAAGAAGUUUGCGGUGGACCGUCCAGAUCUGCAUUUGCCCAGCGUUAACAAGCUGCAAGCUCCACUCCGUUCUACCGUGGACGGUGAAAUCAUCACCAGUGGAUCCCUUCUCCAACACGCUCUCGAGAAUGUCUUGCUGAAGCCGGCUGCGUGGUUCAAAACGGUGCAGGGGGCAGUUUUUCAGCUGAAAGGUUCUAAAACAGUUGCGUUUGCAGGAUUCGGGAAUCAUAUUCCGGCUUCGCUUGUCAGUGGUGCGGGUUUGUAUGUCUUGGAUCUGAAUAAGUUGACUGUGUCAAAUCUCGACGGUUUCCCCAAUGGGACAAGGAUAAAAGGGACAAACAAGCCAGGAAAUGGAGUUUCAGAUGCGCAAGACUCGGUGCCCUAUGAAUAUCCUCCUAACUCUAUUGCUAUCGUCGGUGUGUCUGGCAGAUUCCCCGGAGCAGAUUCAUUAGAUGAACUUUGGGAACUGCUGCUAUCCGGCAAAUCAAUAGCCGAACCAGCCCCCGUUAAAAGACUGCAACUACCUACAACCGGCGAGUAUGCGAAUAAAAAAUGGUGGGGCAAUUUCCUCCGCGACCCUGAUGCCUUCGAUCAUAAAUUCUUCAAGAAGUCACAGCGAACUGGUGGACAAUUGGCAAUGUCAUUGGCCUGGACAGCUCCGCAAAGAGGGUUGAGGCCACCAGAGGCAAUCUUGGCAUUUUACUGCCCGACGAACUAUGAAGAUGACUGGUGGAGAAAUCCCAUCCAGCCCAUCGGCGCAGAAGAUUGGGGAGAUAAAUACGAUCUGCUAAAAGCAAUCCAAGAUGAGCCCAUCACCAACUACGGUGUCGUCGGUGCCUGGGAGCCACUAUCGGACCCCCGUAUCCGUACUGAUCUCCGAUGUCGCAUCGUGCUGCACAUCAACUGGAAAGCCCAAACACUCCCCAUAAUUAUCGGCGGCCUCCCCAGCAAAAAGAACAGCGCAGGCGUUAACAUUCGAGACUGGAACACUCUCCCACAGCCUUCUCUAGAUGAAAUUGUCCGAGUCAGUCCACGCGCCCAGAUCUUGCGGGGCAAUUAUCAUACGCCCACAUUCCUCAUUCAUGGAACGAAUGAUGAUUUGAUCCCUUGGCAGCAAUCUCAAGGUACUUAUGAUGCACUUCAGGAAGCAGGAGUCACUACUGGUUUGGCUUUGAUUGAGGGAGCCCCGCAUAUAUGUGAUUUUAGCAGUAAUCCCGAGUCAGAGGGUUGGAAGGCGGCGAUUCAGGGGUAUGAGUUUAUUAGUAACUAUGUGUGA